AUGAACUCAACCGUUAUGCUUACCAUAGACGGUCAGAAUACUGUUGUGGUUGUAGGUGGUGGUCUGGCAGGCUGCUCUGCAGCUAUUGAGGCUGCCAAACGCGGUGCAAAAGUCAUAUUGCUUGAGAAAGAAACCAAGUUAGGCGGCAAUAGUGCCAAGGCGACAUCUGGAAUUAAUGGUUGGGGGACCCGUGCCCAGGCGGAUCAGGGUAUCCUGGACAGCGGCAAGUACUUCGAGCGCGACACCUAUUUAUCAGGGCGCAGCGGUAACUGCAAACCUGAGCUGGUCAAGGUGCUCUCCGUGAAAAGUGCACAUGCCGUUGAUUGGCUAACAAGUCUGGAGAUCCCCCUGUCGGUGCUCUCGCAACUGGGCGGACACAGCCGCAAGCGAACCCAUCGCGCACCGGACCGCGAGGACGGCACCCCUGUGCCCAUCGGCUUCGCAAUCAUGAGGAAGCUGGAGGAGCACAUCCGUGGUGAACUGCUGGGUUCGGUUAGGGUCGAAACGACGGCCCGCCUCUCGCGUCUGCUGUAUGAUUCAGUGACGUUACCAACCGGGGAGAUGGUCACCAUGGUCAGGGGUGUUGAAUAUGAAAGGUCUAUGGCGAGUGGCGACGGUACAGAUGAAGAGACGGUCCGGGUCUACGCAAACGCCGUCGUUCUCGCUACGGGUGGGUUCUCGAACGACCACACAACGACCUCGUUGCUGCAGGAGUACGCGCCCCACCUGAUGGGCUACCCCACCACCAACGGUGUGUGGGCCACCGGCGACGGUGUCAAGUUAGCUCGUGAGCUCGGGGCCGAGCUGGUGGAUAUGGACAAGGUACAGCUGCAUCCUACCGGCAUGAUUAACCCCAAGGACCCACAGGCGAGGACACUUUUCCUUGGUCCUGAGGCACUCCGUGGCUCUGGGGGCAUUCUACUGAAUACGAAGGGCGAGCGCUUUGUCAACGAGCUGGGCCUGCGCUCCGUCGUGUCACAGGCCAUCAUCGCCCAAGGCGACGAGUAUCCAGGCUCACAGGCCAGAAAGUUCGCCUACUGCGUCCUCAAUGAGGCCGCCGCGGGACUCUUCGGUAAAGGCGCGCUCGGGUUCUACUGGAAAAAAAUGAAUCUUUUUCGUUUCGCAGAGAAUGUUCACGAGUUGGCAGUGCUUAUUGGGUGUGAGGAGAGCACUCUGCUUCGGACUCUGGAAAGCUACAAAGAUCUCAGCUCGUUGGAUCGAAAGUGCCCUCUCACUGGUAAAGAUGUAUUCCCUUGCGUCAUUGGGCCGCAAGGCCCGUUUUAUGUCGCCUACGUCACCCCAUCGAUUCACUAUACCAUGGGUGGCUGUCUCAUUUCACCCUCAGCGGAAAUUCUGACAGUGGAUAAGACUGACAUCCUCAAUCGGCAUCGCCCCAUCUUGGGGUUGUUCGGCGCCGGUGAAGUCACUGGCGGAGUGCACGGUGGCAACCGCCUCGGUGGUAACUCCCUGCUGGAGUGCGUCGUAUUCGGCAGGAUCGCUGGCGAACGUGCCGCACAUACCGCUUUGGAGGUCCUUUCAGCUCAGGAAACAGGAAGCUUCCGAGGGAACCCUGCGAUGAAUUCCACCAGUUGGACGCGAGGUACAGUUCUGCAGCUCCUGCCCGACGACCCAUCAUCGAGCAAUAUGGAAAGCGUGUCCGAUAUAGGAUAUCGACUUGUGAUUAAUCUUCCGAAUGCAUUCCAAACCAGCGGACUGGCGCUGCUUCAGCCCAUCUUAAUAAAACUGUCCUCUCCUUAUUCAGGCGCAAUUCAGCCCCUACGAGUAGUACCCACAACGCUUCCUGAGGAGCUAGGCAUCAUAUCUAUACCCUUACCACCACUUACAACACACAAGGAUGAAGUGCCGCCCUGGGUGUAUGCUCUGCAACCUGGGGACGAGGUGGAAAUGCAAGCUGGCCCCAUCGAGGCCUCGGUCAGUAGCCUUGAAAAACGUCUCAUGCAAACUAAGGAGGGAAGUGGAGCAAAUCUGGUUAUCCUCGCGACUGCACCAGAAGGUGUCAACCCUAUGCUGCAGCUGCUGCGAGCCUCCUCACGGCAUCCGUUACAAGAAAAGUUGAACAAUGUUCGACUUUUAUAUGCUGCGAAAAAUUUAUCCGAGAUGAGAUAUCUGGAUGCUUUGAAAAAUCUCUGCAGCGAGAGAAUUGAGUUUCUUUUCGCACUCGACAACCCUCCUACAAAAUGGACUGAAGAAGUGGAAAUGGAUGAACUCACGGUGAAAAAAAUUAUCCCGCCUACCGAAGACACGAGUCAAUCCAUCAUAGUUGUAUUGACUCAAAAAGCCGAACAAAUAAGUUUCUUAAAGCAAUUCCUUGGGGCGAAACGGUUUGAGGAGGGAGUCAGUUUAUUCUUUAUCACAUGA